AUGAGUGUACCUCAAGAAGAACAGAAUGAGGGGGAAACCGCCAAUACUGCCAAAGGGAUUCAGAAAACUCCUAUUCGCAGUGGAUCAAGGCCCAGCUUGAGUUCGGCCAGUCAAUCUCGUUUGCUUACUGGAACUUUGAAAUCCUAUCGGGCGGGAGAAAUGGAAGAGCCCAUUCGUGUUGACUUGGAGAGUACCCAGAAAUGCAAAGUGGUCGACAUGAUCGACUUUUUGCUCGCGUUCUGCCUGUCGGGAAAGGGCAAAGUUGUCUCCGCUCGUGAUGAGCAGGUGCUAUCAUCUGCCUUUGAGAAGGUGAAGGAAGUAGCAAACCAGGAAGGAACCACGCUGAGGACUGAGCUCUCCAAGUUCCUCAAAGCCGGGACAGAGGCAGAAAUGUGCGAUCCAUUCGUAAUCGCUUCUAACUAUGCCCUAGAUCAGCUUUCGAAAAUCGAUAUCAAAGGAUUGCCUCAGCACUCUGCCGACAAGCAGAUUGCAACCAUAACCACAUGGACGCACACGUGUACCGCAAGCUCUAAAAACCUAGAGCUGGCAUGGAAAAAGGUUCGAUCAACAGUAGAAGUGAAACCUGACAGGUUACCGAUGCAAGUCAACCCGAUGAGGACAUUCAACAACAAGUUCGAAGACCUCAAGGAAUCAGAGCCGUGUACCCCGUUCGAUGAUGACCUCUCAUCUAUUAGACGGAUGCAACCCAAAUUAAAAUGCGAGUGCGCACCUCUCGAUGGCUCCAGGGAAUCGGAUAGGGUGGCCGCGAGAAAGGGCCCAAUCACGCCGGAACGUAUCUCGGAAUGGGCACACCCUCAUGGCAUGAAGCCCAAGACAGAAGCGCUCAAUGACCACAAUACGACAAAACGAUCGAAGACUGAGAAGGAUGCUGCAGGAAGUUCCAAACCUCCGGCGGUCCCGCUAGUCGACAUUCAGAAUGGGGUCUACGCUGCAGGGAGGCUCUCCUGCUCCGUUGACAUCACUCACGCUAUUAACUUCAUUUUACACGGGAGCCAAAUAUACAUUACAUGGUCAGACAGGCAGAGUGUUAUUCGAACGGGGGGCUUCAAUAUCGUCGAUGACCUGCCUCACUUCCUUUUGGUCCUACUCAUUAUGCAAAGGUUCGAUCUAGCACACUGGGGUUUCUUUACUGCGUUCGAGGGGUCGAGUAUCUGUCCCGAACGACGGUCCAAGGAUUCAGUCUUCAAAACCACCCUCAUCCAGGAUACUACGAUCCAUACCCUCCCCAAUGAUGAUCUUAUCUAUGGUGGGGUCAAUCUGACGGGCCGUUCGACCGUUGUAGCUGGGGUCAGGAAGGCUGACGGUUUGAAUCUGAGUACUUUGGAUAUUCAGGAAGCUAACGACUUGGUCGCCAAGGCUUCCUGGCCAGAGGAAACGCGGACUAGUGAGAGCAACACAGACCUUCCCUAUGUAACGUGUUCGAUGGGGUUCAUCCGGAAGUUUCUGGAUCUGGACACGACCAGGGUGCGAGCGCUUCGUUUCGUCAUACUUGACCGUCUGGGGGAGCUCAAGCGUCUAGAUGGGGAACACAUGCUAAUCGCAUAUUUGGACUGUUUCUUCUGUCAUUGGGCAUUGUGGGAAAGGAAUAUCUGCCAUGGGGACAUCAGCACACGAAACUUGAUGUACAAGCCCGAUACGAAAUGCGGGGUUCUUGUCGACUUCGACCUAGCUCGAUUGGGCAAACAGAAGGAACUGAGCGGGAAGGACAACACUGGAACUAUGCCGUUCAUGGCCCUAGAUCUCCUCAGUGAAAAAGCAAUUAUUGGCUCGGUUUUACGUCUGUACCAACACGAUUCGGAGUCUUUUGCCUGGUGUCUCAUUUACAUCUGCAUCUGCAUGGACAAAGGAGACGAUGAUGAAAUUCUCACCAUCAGUCCCCGUCUUUUGUCUUCAUGGUUCAAGGACCCAGGUAAUUGUCGUGCUUCCAAGGCUGUAACAGAAACGGCAACCCUUCUCGCGGGGGCUCCCCUUCACAGACAGUACAGGAAUUUUGCUGAAGCGCUACGCAGGUACUGGGUUGCGCGGUUCAAUCGUCAAAUGGCAGCUGAGGAAAGAGCCAUGUUUAAUGAUCCCUUCAAGGAGGACACACACAGACUCUUUCCAGAGCAUGUGUUGCCCAAGUCCAGCAAAAAGCCGAACCAGGAUUUAUAUGAAGAACCCUCGAAUCAAGAAUUAUUGGGGCAAGUUUAUCGUAUACUCGCUGACAAUCUUGGUAUGAUUCCAAGUUCCAGGAGAAAUGUUUUGGUUGAAAAGUUGACGAUCGUGACUACAAUUUACCCGUUUGUAAGAUAUUAG